CAAACUGCUGGAUUGUGUUGUCUUCGUCUUUUAUGACAAUUUCAGGCAGUUAGUAGCAAAGGAGAGGUGGCAUGGCAGGCCUUUUUAUAGGAGUUGAUGUCGGUACUCAAGGGGCAAAAGCAGUAGUAUACGACAGCAGAAGUAAAGCUGUGGUGUCUCGGGGAGCUUACAAGUACGACGUGAUCAAGACAAAUGUACCAGGUCGAGCAGAGCAGCAUCCGUCUCUUUGGAUCGAGGGAGGCUUUGCGGCAAUCCAGUCCGCCCUGAGCGAAGUGGAUAGGAAAGACGUCAAGGGGAUCGGUAUCAGUGGACAGCAGCAUGGAUUUGUUCCCAUGGAUGGGGAAGGACAGGUCAUCAGGAAUGCCAAACUGUGGUGUGAUGUGGAGAGCGCGGAUGAGGCUAAACAGCUGUCUGACUUGUGGGAGUGGACCCUGGUGCCUGGCUUCACGGCGUCCAAAAUCCUGUGGCUGAAGAACAAGGAGCCCGAUAACUUUGCAAGGCUCCGCCAAGUGCUGUUGCCGCAUGAUUUCUUCAACUACCACCUGACUGGCAGAUAUGUCAUGGAGGCGGGCGAUGCAAGUGGGACUGGCCUGUUUGACACGGCCAACAGGAAGUUUGACGAGGCCCGCAUGCGCAGCAUCGACCAGAGCCUGCCGGAGUUCUUUCCUGAACUGAUUGGCCCAAAUGAGGUGGUGGGUCACCUGCGGCCGGAGAUUGCAGCUGAGCUUGGGCUGACGGAGGACGUGGCCGUGGCGCCCGGCAGCGGGGACAACCAGAUGAGCGCGCUGGGCGCCGGGGCUGUUAAAGAGGGCGACUGGGUCGUCUCCCUGGGAACCUCAGGCAUGCUUUGCCACCAUGAACCUAUACCGGUGCUGGAUGCGAGCGGGGGCAUCGCGCCGUUCUGCGACUCGACAGGCCAGUUCAUGCCGCUGCUGUGCACUAUGAACUGCACCCUCGCGCCUGAAGAGUCUUUCGGGCUGGACCAUGAAACAAUCACUCGGCUGGCGGAGGAAGAGGAAGCAGGCAGUGAGGGGGUAAAUUUCCUGCCGUUCUUGACGGGCGAGCGCACGCCCAACUGGCCCCACUCCUACGGCGUCCUCACUGGGCUGCGCCCCGGAGGCAUGCGCCCCGGCCUGCUCUACCGCGCUGCCCUGGAGGGCGCCACCUUCUCCCUGCUCAACGGUGUGCGGUUUGCCCUUGCUGAAAAGAUGCAGCGCCUCCCAUUGAUACAACUGCGAGUGGUGGGAGGCGGCUCCAAGAACCGUCUCUGGCGUCGCAUCAUCGCGGAUGCGUUCCAGCUGCCGCUGCGAUUCCCGGCGGAGCCUGAGUCGGCCGCGCUCGGCGGCGCGCUACAGGCCGCUGCAGUCUGCGCUGGCGUACCUGUCGCUGACUACGUCGCCGAGAACGAGCCGCCCUGCGAAGCCGAGACGCUCCAACCAGAUCCCAGUAAGAAGUUGGCAUACGAUGAUGCCUUUGACCGCCACCAGCGGCUGAGUAAUGCGCUGUUUGAGAAAUAGCCGUGCAAUAUGAGUGCCAGCAUUUGUUCAGGGCAGAGAGUACACCUACACAGUUAGCAUCUGCAGCAGGCCCAGUUUCAAGGGCAAAUAUUGAACCGGCCAACGGUUGGCAAAGGCUCAAGAGACAGGCAGAGCCAAUACUUCCUGAGCUGGGUUCACUUCCCUAAGUCAAGUAGGCAAGUACAAUGCAAACUUGGAAACAAAACAGCAUUGAAACACUUUCUGAGUAUCCUGAGUAAUCUGCGCUACAGACCAACUGGCAGACAGAUUGCAUGCUGCUUCAAUUGAUUGCAGUGGCAAUUGUCUUUGACUUGGGUUCCACAGUUUGUUCCAUCACUUCUUUGGUGCCGAGGCAUGUUUCAGUCGCAGGACCGGGUAGUAAGGGUGGUGGCUGAAAUCAAAUUGCACGC